GUCUGUGAAUACCUUCAUGUCUCUUUUCUUGAAGAAAAAGACAACAGCAGUGCUCUUAAAUACAACGACGGCAUAAUGGACCCUCUAUCGGUUUUUUCUUUAGCGGGAAAUAUCCUUCAAUUCAUCGAGUUUGCUACGAAGCUGUUAUCAUCAAGCGUAGAAAUUUAUAAGUCUUCUACAGGGGCUUUAGAUACAAAAGUCGCAUUGGAAGAGAUAUAUCAGCGCCUUUCUAACUUAAGUCGCGGCUUUUUCGCCACCCCAGAGAGCACAGCUAGCGAACCUGCCCUCAGAAGCAUUGCCGAAUCGUGCAGUGCUGAUUGUUCUCGCCUUCUAACGGUCCUGAAUGGCAUAAAGGUUGGCGAGGAUGAUCAUCGCGCAUGGAAGAGCUUCCGGGCUGCAUUGAAAAUUGCUUGGAAGGGAGAGCAAGAAAUCGAAAGGUUGACGAGCCGCCUGAGAGACCAUCAAUCGGCGAUGACACUACAGAUAUGUGUAAUAUCAAAUAAAUGGCUUCAAAAUAUGAAUCAACAUCUGCAGAAUCUUAAAGGCCAGGAUGCAGCUCUGCAACUUCAAUAUUCAGAAAGAUUGGAGAAAAUAUCGGCCAACCUCCAAGCAAUAAAAUUGCAAAUUAGCGAGCCAAGGACGUCUAGGCCCGGUUUCAUGUUUUCAUAUAUCGAUCUAGAUGAACUAACGAACAAGCUAUCACAAUUGUCUCUGACAGAACGCAACAUCGCGAGGGAUCAGGCAAUUUUGAGUAGCCUCGAUUAUAGCACGAGGGGAGAGAGACGCGAGAACAUUUCCAAAGCUCAUGUUCGCACUUUUAGCUGGAUAUUCGAGGCAUCCGAUCAAGAGAUAACGAGACAAAAUGGCUUUUUGAGAUGGCUUCGUGAGUCAGAUGGAGUCUUUUGGAUAACGGGCAAACCGGGUAGUGGGAAAUCAACCUUGAUGAAAUUUCUAGCCGGCCAUACAAAGACAAUGGAAGCAUUAGAGCAGUGGGCAACUCCAGAAAGGGUAGUUGUCGCGAGCCAUUUCUUCUGGUCCUUAGGAAUUUCGAAGCAGAAAUCCAUGGAGGGAUUAUUUCAGUCUCUCCUAUACGAAAUCUUUCGACGAUGUCCGGAACUAAUUAGGGAGGUGUGUCCAUCUAGGUGGGAAAACGAUUCAUCCCACCUCCACACACAGGAUUGGACGUUCAAGGAACUGGUCAACUGCUUCCGGGCCAUAAAGGAGAAUGGAAAUUCGACCACGAAAUUCUGUUUUUUCAUUGACGGGCUUGACGAAUUCGAUGGGGAUUAUAUAGACAUCUGUCGAACUCUGUCAGAAAUCGCAGAAUGCUCGCGGAUUAAAUUAUGUGUUGCCAGUCGACCCUUGAAUGAAUUCCAGGACCAGUUUGGCGCCGACCAGUCAUCUACUCUUUACGUCCACGAGCUGACUAGAAAUGACAUUAUGGAUUACGCCCGGGCUCGCCUAGAGGAGCAUCCUCGUUGGCCAGCUCUUGGCCUAGGUGGUCAAGAAUAUCAAUUGUUCCUCUCGAAUAUUGCUAAUUUGGCUAGUGGCGUAUUUCUAUGGGUUACCCUAGCUGUACAAUCUCUUCGGCGUGGACUGACAAACUUCGAUACCAUGGAUGAAUUGAAUACUAGGUUAGAUGCUCUCCCUAAAGGCCUAGAGGCGUUCUACAAGGACAUGCUGGAUUCAGUUGAGCCGAUAUAUCGGCGCAAAUCAGCCAACUUAUUGCAAAUACAACUGAUUUCGACGGGCAUGUCACUGGAACUACCAUGGACAGUAACUCUGCUGCAUGAGCGCGAGUAUUCUGAUCCAGAAUACGCGAUUACUAUGCCUUGGACGACACUAAGUAAGAAUGAUGUUCGGGCUCUCCGCCACCGAGCAUCUCGCAGAUUGAUUGCAAAGUGCUGCUGCAUAGUAGAGAUACGUCAGAAUACGUUGGAAUUUAUCCAUCGGACUGCAUCGGACUAUUUAAAAACGCCUGAAAUGGUGAAUUACAUCCAGUCCAGAAAUGGCGAAGGAUUUAAUGCUCACCUUUCGAUACUAAAAGCCUGGGUAGCUUGUUUAAAGAUGGGCACAUUAAACUUGGUGGAACAAGAUGAACCGACACCUGCAGAUGUCUUAUACUUCGUAAAUUCCGGCGUAUACAAGAAACUGUUCACGUUAGUUGGUGCUGCAAUAAAUAACGGGGCGAGAGAAGAUGAAGUCUUCAAACAUAUUGAUUGUCUCGAGGAUAUGUCAACGUUAAAAACAUACCCCGAGGAAGAAUUAUCCUUGAAUCAAUGGUCAACGCCCGUCGGACUCCUAUACAAUCCUUCGCGAUCUUCUUCAUUCAAAGAAUGCUUAAUCCAGAUGGGUGCAUUGGAUUAUGCUGCUAUGAAGCUUUCUAACAAUGCGGAAUACUUUCAAGGAAUAUCGCGAUCGGCUUUAUGGUCAGCUAUAGCACUCAGUAGGUUCAGCGCGGGAAAGAAAUUCCUUCAUCUCUUACUCCGAAAUGGUCACGAUCCGAACGAAAUUGUCUAUGAUUGGGAUACUUGUCAAAGAGUGUCCAUCGGGCCAAUUAAGAUCUGGGAAAAGACCUUUGGAACUCCGCGUUCCUAUUUUGGAUAUUCUAAAUUUCAGCGACAGCCACCGGCGUCUAUUUGGUCAGCCUAUCUAACUAAAUGUAAAAUUUGCGGAGAUUUUGGUCCUCGACGCCAAGUAGAAAACGAACUUCAUAGCUACAGCCAGGGUAUCUUUCAGCUAGCCGGACAUCAAGUCUUCGAUGUUGGUCUUGAUAAUACCGUUUUUUCGCUCCUGCUCCAUCAUGGCGCCGAUCCAAAUGCGCACCCUACACCUCUCACUACAGCCUGGGUUGGUUUUGUUUGCUCGGGUAUCAGAAACCCAUCAAGAGUUACUGCCUCUGAUUCCUACCUUAAGACACUGGAUGACUUCUUCAAGUACGGAGCGGACCUGGGUGUUUCGACUGUUGGGUUGACUUUGUUUCCCGGAGAUAAAUCGAGCCACCUACCACUUCGAAUGACCACUGGUUGGGAUACCUUUUGCGAGGCUCUAGAAGAUCUUACUGGAUCUGAAACGGAAGAGGAACUUAAUCUCAUUUCCCAGAUUACCAUGAAGAUGAUUCAGCAGGCGACGAGUACUAGGUGGCCUAUGGGAAGGCUGCCUUCGAUCAUAAGGAGGGCUUUCCCUAAGACGCUAGGUCAGCCAAUUCUUGAUAUGAUUUUUUAAGAUAAAGGACCAUAGCUGCAUAGGUACUCGGCCGAUGUGGCGAUGUCUUACAUCACUAAAUACCUUGGAACGUGGCUGGCUGGCCUCGGACUUCCC